AGAAGCAUGGGAAAAGAGAAGAUUCAUGUGAACGUGGUGAUCAUUGGGCAUGUGGACAGCGGGAAGUCAACCACCACUGGCCACCUUCUCUAUAAAUGUGGUGGCAUCGACCAGCGGAAGAUUGAGAAGUUUGAGGAAACUGCAGCACAGAUGGGGAAGAGUUCUUUCAAGUUUGCCUGGGUGUUGGACAAACUGAAAGCUGAACGUGAGCGAGGCAUCACUAUUGAUAUAUCACUGCUGAAAUUCAGCACACAAAAAUACUCCAUGACUAUAAUUGACGCUCCGGGUCAUCGGGACUUCAUAAAAAACAUGAUUACUGGGACGUCGCAGGCUGACGUUGCCCUUCUGGUGGUCUCUGCUGCUAAAGGAGAGUUUGAGGCUGGUGUUUCUAGAUGUGGUCAGACCAGAGAGCACGCCUUGCUGGCUUACACGCUAGGUGUCAAACAAAUUAUCAUCUGUGUGAACAAGAUGGAUCUGACCGAACCAACCUACAGUCAGAUACGCUUUAAUGAGGUGGUGCAAGGUGUGAAGGUCUUUCUCAAGAAAAUUGGCUAUGACCUGUCUAUGGUCCCGUUUGUUCCAAUUUCGGGCUGGACUGGGGAGAACAUGAUUGCUGACACUCAGAAGAUGUCUUGGUACCAAGGCUGGAAAGUCAGAGGACGGGAUGGGAAUUUAAGUGGAAGGACCCUUUUGGAAGUCCUAGAUUCCAUCCAGCCACCUGUACGCACAGUCAACAAGCCCUUACGGUUACCACUACAGGAUGUUUACAAAAUUGGAGGAGUUGGCACUGUACCAGUUGGCAAGAUUGAAACUGGCAUCCUUAAACCUGGUAUGACACUGAUGUUCUCACCUGCCAAGCUCACUGCUGAAGUGAAAUCCAUCGAAAUGCACCACCAGGGGCUGGAGACAGCUUUGCCAGGACACAACGUCGGCUUCAACAUAAAGAAUGUGUCUGUAAAGAACCUACGGCGUGGUGACGUGGCUGGCAAUGCCCAACAGGAUCCGCCAUCUGAUGUCAGAAGCUUUGAAGCUCAGGUGAUCAUCCUGAACCACCCAGGGAAGAUUAAAGUGGGUUAUUCUCCAGUCCUGGACUGCCACACUGCUCAUGUGACAUGUCGCUUUGCUGAGCUGCGGGAGAAGCUGGACCGCCGCACAGGCAAGAAGCUGCAGGACGAACCGCAGCUGCUGGUGUCUGGAGAUGCCGCUACAGUCAAACUGGUUCCCAUCAAGCCAAUGUGUGUGGAGAGCUUCUUCACAUACCCUCCUUUAGGUCGCUUUGCAGCAAGAGACCUGAAGCAGACGGUUGCUGUAGGAGUCAUCAAGUCUGUGGAGAAGGACCAAGGUUCAAAAAUCAAAGUUAAAGUUUAAACAAGUUUGAACAAAUAUUCUGGAAUGGCUCUUAUUUUGAUCCAAGUAAUUUAAGUUGUCUUAAAUUUUUCUAAGUUUGAGUAUUGUACAAGGUGCAGAACUAAACUGUGCAUUUUGGUUGUUCAUAAGUGAAAUGGCAAAAUAAAAGCUUGGAAGAA